GGUAUGAUAUAUUUCAGAUACUGAAGGAGAAAAAUUGCCAACCAAGAAUUCUGUAUUCGGCAAAACUAUCCUUCAAAAAUGAGGGAGAGUCUGUCCUUUGUUCAGCAGCUAACUCGAUUUCAACCGCUAUUGCAGCUGCUCCACCAUGGUUUUCAGGACCCAAAUAAUCACAGCUGGUGUUCCCAGGAUGGUGAUCCAUGUUUAUAUUGCAUCUUCUUCUGGUUCUAUGGAGAUUAAGAAGAAACAGCAAGAUGUGCUUGGUUUCUUGGAAGCCAACAAAAUAGGAUUUGAAGCAAAAGAUAUUGCAGCCAAUGAAGAGAAUCAGAAGUGGAUGAGAGACAAUGUACCUGAAAACAGUCGACCAGCCACAGGGUACCCACUGCCACCUCAAAUUUUCAAUGAAAGCCAAUACCGUGGAGACUGUGAUGAUUUCUUUGAAGCCAGAGAAAAUAAUGCAGUGUAUGCCUUUUUAGGCUUGACAGCACCUCCUGGUUCAAAGGAAGCAGAAGCCCAGGCAAAGCAGCAACCGUGAACCUUAAGCAUUCUGUCUUAACCAUCCUGAAACAGGUGAAUCUGUUACUUUUAUAAAAUAGCAAAAUUAUCUUGGCUUCAAAAGAUUUAGGCUUAAUAUUGAAAUAAUAGAUUAGUUAACAGUUUUUCCAUGCAAACAGUCAAAAGGGAUACAUGAUUAAAAUGUAAAUGGUAUCAGGAGAAUGGAAGGUGAACAUAAAAUUUUAAGAUGUCCCAGAAUAGUGCUAUUAUCUGCCAAAACAUUUUAUGUACUCCAUUGAUUUCAAAAAGCAAACACUCAUCCCCUUUUUGGUAUUAUUGUAGCUUAAGUAUAUUUGUGGCUCAACUUAUUAAAUAUUUUAAGGAAUUUUAAAAGGAGAGAUCAAGAGAGGAUCUGUCUCUUGUUCCCAAAUAGCCUCAUUAAUUUUAGUGAACAUGAAUAUGUGCAUUUUUAAUGUUAUAUUAAUGUGAUUAGAAAUAAUUUCAGGUAAUGUUUAUGCUGUGUCAAUCAUUGUAAUUUCUUAUAGUGAUUAUAACAUUCCCAUUCUUUUGUAGAUGCAAGAACCACAAGUUUUUCAGGCUUCUAAAUGUAAUCUUACAUUGCACAUUUCAGAGAUCAGAAUAGAUGGUGUCCCCUAAAAAAGCAAUAGAUGCAUUCAGUUGAUAAAUUCUUUCCUUAACUAUGUAGCAAUGAUGAAAUCAUGUUUCUAAGUUGCUUGCCCCAGUGAAAUAUGCAUAUAUGUGUCAUGGAAGUAGAUAGCAAGUCAGUUUAAAAUGGCAUCCUCUUGCAAAGAGCUCUAUAUAAGCUAUUCUGAAAUAGGCUGGCACUCAUUGCUCAAGGUUGGCUUUACUUGGGGAGGUCUAAAGAUGAACUGCAAAAUCUUAGUGGUCCACCCCCUACCUUAAAGCACUUGGAACCAGGAAUUUCAAUAUCUCCCAGAUAUCUGCCUUUUUUUUUUUUUUCCAGGUUAGGCAUAUAUCGUGUAUAUCCAUUAAUCUAAGCAGUGUUCAUCUUUUCUAUGCCUCUAUUCCAGCAAAUAUUAAGUACAAUUACAAGAAACUUUAUGACCUAAAUAAAUUAUCCAGAAGAUAUACAUAUUGUCCUUUAAUUCCACACUGCUUUAUUACCAAAAGCAAAUACCUUUAAAUUAUUUUAUUAAUUGAUGUGUGCAUGUCUAUUCUCUGCCAAAAUCAACAUAUAAUGGAUACAUGGAUUUGUUUACUGAGAUUGGAACAUAAUGCAAUACUUUCAAAUAAACUCAGUACUUUUGGAAAUAUAAAAAAAAAAAUGAGGGAGAGUUUAAAAUAUUCUCAGACA